CACAGCGGGCGUCGCCAUGGGCGUUAUUGAGCUGGCGAACACGUGGGGGCAUCCUCCCGAAGGGAUCCUCGAGCACAUCUUCUCCUACCUCCCAUCCUAUGCCGACCGCGCGUCUUGCGCAUGCGUGUGCAGGCAGUGGUACUUCUACGCCAGGGAGAAGGAGAGCACGACCCCGCUGUUCCCGUGUCUUCUGAGGCCGUCCAUCAGCGGGGCCUCCUGCUUCCACUUGUUCAGCAGGACCUGCACGAGCAUGCCCACCGUCCCCGCCGCGCGCUUCUGCGGAUCCAUGGAGGGCCAGUGGUUCGUGGUCGCGCGUGACCAGUGGCGUGGGUACGCGCUGCUCCACCUCGCCUCCGGCACGCAGAUCCUGCUCCCGCAAGGCCUGCUGCAGGAAGACGGGGAUCGCUUCAACUUCAACGACCUCUGGGUCGGCCUCGAAUCAACCGACCUGAUCAUCCGUGCCGCGACCGCGUUCCGCGCGCCGCGUUAUCCGGACGGCGACGAGCACUACUUCGUCGCCGCCAUCACCCUCGGCGAGCACAGGGCCGCGGCAUGUCUGAGCGGGAAUGGGCGGUGGGCUCUACUGGAGCCGGACCAAGGCAUAAUAUGUCCAGACUUGGACAAGAUGCUGGUCAUGUACGAAGAGAUGGAGGACGUGAUCUACUACAGCUGCAGUGGACUAGAUGGCUUCUUCUUCCUUACGACUGAGGAGCAUCUUAUGGUGUUCUUACCGGAUGACGACGGGGAAGGCCACAUCACCGGCGAGGUGUUGGCCUACCUCUUCCGGGGCCAUACUAUGGCCUCGCCCCCGGAAGCCGGCCACGUGGUUGCUGCCCGGUACCUCGUGGAGUCGGAGGGUAGGCUGCUCAUGGUGAAGAGGUUCGUCAGUCCAUGUCAGGGGCAGCAGUCCACGGUGUCUUUCCAGGUCUUCACGCUCAUGUGGGACAACUGGAACCGGAAAGUCCCUCGCUGGGAGAAGUCCUCGCCCACCUCCGCCCCUCUGCUCGGGAAGAUGCUCUUCGUCGGCCGAGGCUGCUCCCGGGCCAUCGGAACCGGACGUACCGGCCCGGCCUUCAUCUACUUCUUGGACGACGCGGUUGCAUCGCCUUACGAGUUGCUGACCACUAUUAUCAGAACCGAGAAGGAGUACCGUUGCAGCGACAUGGGCUGGUGCCGCUAUGACCAGCAGUACAUUGGAAAGGACUGGCCCCAAGGGCCCCCGGCAGACUGCUCGCCAUGGAUUUGGCUCUACCGUUGAUCAAUUUAUGGUGGAGCAAUUCUUGGCAUAUCCAUAGUCUGAAACUAGUAGGAAAUGUUGAUGUCGAGGCACGAACGAUUCGAACCUACUACUGCUAGUAAGGUGGGUGCAUGAAACUUUAAUUGGUACUGAGUGCUCACUUCACUGAAUUUGUAGUUGCUGCUUUGCUGGAAAUGGAAGUAUCUGGUCUCAACUUCCUUUUGGCACUGGAAA